AUGAGUAUCCCUCUAGCUAAAUCACAUAAUAGACCUGUUUCUUUUCGACCUACUCAAAUGCAAACUGUUCAGUCAAUGGGGAAAUCUGAAUAUGGAUCAUUAGAUAUUACUCCAAGAGGGGAAUAUUUUAAUACUUCUACACCAACACCAGUCAUUGAACCAAACCAAAUUAAAGUUAUUGAUGUUAAGUCAGAGUUACAAAUUGAUUUAUCUACAUUAAAGUGUGUUAUUAUUCAUAUUGUUACUGUUCAAUUAGAUUUAACAACAAAAUAUUUAUUCAAGAAACCAACAGAUAUACACGAACUAGAUUUAUUUAUUCAUUCAGUUUAUGAUCCUAAUAGUACAUUACAUCAAAAAUUAAAUGUGUCAGGUACAAGGGAUAAAACAUCAUUAUCAAUAAUUUCAAUGGAUUAUUUACCAAUAGACAACCAUCCUAGUUAUAAAAUAUCAUUAUCUCCUUUAAGUAAAAAUUCAACUCCACCACUUGAUUCAUGGGAAUUAUCAGAAAAUCAUCCUAAGUCAUUUGGUAAAUCAAUGUCUCGUUCAGGUUCUGUAGCAUUAUCUCCAAUUUCUUUAACACCACCAAAGGGUGUUAUAGUUUCCCCUAAACAAGUUCCUGGUCUUUCAUCAACCCCAACUGAUAAAAUAAAUCAUUCUUUCAACUCGUCAACCUUAAGAACUUCUCCACAAACUAAAUUACUUUUUAAAGAAAAACGGGAUUAUUCUCAGCCUAUUACAAAUUCAUCUUCUAAGUUAAAACAAACAUCAAUGUUCAUAAGUCAAAGUAUUAUUAAAAAUACUUUUAAUAAUGAAACAUGUGAAGCACCUAAAACUCUUACUCCACCUACAGAGACAGAAAAAUUAAUAUCAGAACGAAAUGAAUGGGAAAAAGAAUUACCUCAACUUCCAUCAAGAAAAGAUGGAUAUCCAUUACGUGAUGUUGGUUUAAAACAAUAUUUAUCAGAAGUUAUUGCAUUAGAAGGGGCAACUGACAUUUGUUAUAUUUAUGAAUGGUUUGUAGAAAAAAAACAAUCAAUUCCAUUUAUGUCAUUAAGGCAUCCAAGGGUAUGUGGGUAUUUAAUGAAACAAUCAUAUAUUUUUGGAACAUGGACAGAAAGAUAUGUAAUUAUUAAAGAUAAUGUAUUAGUGUAUUUUCCAAGUGAUCGAUGUAUUCAACGAUUAGAAUUUCCUAGUGAUAUCUUACAAUUAAUUGGUUCUGAAAUAGAAUUAAAUGAAAAUAUUAUUUCCAUUAAUUUAAUUAAUGGUAUGUCAUAUACUUUCCGUGUUGAUGAGGGAAAUGUUAAUGAAUGGAUGUUAGCAUUAAAUUAUGCACAACAAAAGAAAAGAAGACAAAGAAAAUAUAGUGAAUAUAGUGAUACACCAAGAAAGGGGACAGAUACUAUUAAAGAUGAUUCUGAAGAAAAACAUAUAAUCAAUAAAUUUUAUGCAUUAAAAGAAGAAGCAAGAAGAAUUGGUUUAGUUUAUGAAGAAAUGAAUGAUAAAAAUUCAGAACAAAUGAAAAUAUUUCAAUUAUUUAGACAAUUAGAACGAUUGAGUUAUGAUGACAUUUGUUCUAAAACAUUUAUUAAUCAAUAUUUACAUAAACUACAAGAUAUUACUACAAAUAAUGCUUCUGACUUAUUAGUUUUUCAUUACUUUCAACAAUUCAAUGAAUUUAUUUCUCUAACUGCUGUGGUAAAAAAAAUUUUAGAAACACCAGAAACACCAAUUAUUCAACCAAGAAAUAGACAGUCUUCUACAGGAAGAAGAAACCAAGCAUCAUUGGGAAUGUCACCAUUAAAUUCUCCUAAAACAUAUGAUAAAGCUGGUGUUCGAGUAGCAAUUUGUCGUAUGUGUGAAAGAGAAAUAGAAUUUGAUAUACUUGCAAAACAUACAUUUUAUUGUAAAAUGUGUUUUGAAUUAUGUUCAAAUGAACCUAGUUGUAAGUUAAGGUUACAAAUAUUAAAAGACCAAUUAUUAAAACAAAAACAAAUACAACAAGGAGGAAUUAAUUAUGAUGGAGUUAUUGGACUCACUGAAGAACUUUCAAAUAUUACUAAAUUAUCAAGUAAAGUAUUGGAACAAAUGAAUAACGCAAUUACUAUGCUUGAAGAAAUUACAACUCAUUCUGUUGAUGUGUGUUUAUCAGCAUUUGCAGGAAUGAUUUCAAAAAUUGUUAAAAGGAGACUUUUGUUAAUGAAGAAUUAUGUUUCUAAUCACUCAAUUGAUAUGUGGACAUAUACUUCAUUAUGGGAUGGUAACGUUCAAGUUGAAGAGGCAUCAAAUGGAAGUGUCUCAUUAAAAGAUUUUGAUGUUUUAAAUAAGUUUAGCAGUGGGGCAUAUUCUCGUUUAUAUCUUGUAAAAAAGAAAACAACAGGAGAUAUAUAUGCAAUGAAAGUUAGUAGAAAAGCUGAUAUGGUAAGAAAAAAUGUUGUUGAUGGAGUAUUAGCUGAAAAACAAAUUCUUCAAAAAUCAGUUAAUCAAAGUGUUGUUAAAUUAUAUUAUGCAUUUCAAGAUAAAUGCAGUUUAUUUCUCGUUAUGGAAUUUUGUCCAGGAGGAGAUUUGGCUUGUUUAAUUAGAGAAGUAGGAAGGUUGUCUGAAGUUACAGUUAAAAUAUAUUCAGCAGAAAUAGUUUUAGCUUUAGAAUAUAUUCAUUCAUUAGGAUGUAUUCAUAGAGACCUUAAACCUGAUAAUAUUCUUAUAGAUGCAAAUGGACAUUUAAAACUUACAGAUUUUGGAUUAUCUGUAUUUGGAUAUAAAAGUGAACAAAAUUCUUUUCUGGAUUCAAGACUAUUAUGUACUCCUGAUUAUGUUGCACCAGAAGUUAUUAAUGAAAGGUUAUAUUCUACUGUAAGCGAUUAUUUUAGUUUAGGCUGUAUGAUUUAUGAAAUGCUUGUUGGUGUUCCACCAUUCAAUGACAAAACACCUGAAGCUAUAUUUAAACGAAUUCGAAUGAAUGAUUAUCAUUGGCCAACUGAAACAAGUGAUGAUGAAGACAUUAUUUCAGAUAAUGCAUAUUCUAUAGUCAAUGCAUUGUUAUUACCUGAAGAAAAGAAAAGACUUGGGGCAAAAGGAAGUGAAGAGGUUAAAAACCAUCCAUUUUUUGAAAGAAUUCGUUGGAACACAUUAUUAAGUGAAAGUAGAGAAGAUAUUUUUGUGCCAAGAUUAGAUAGUGCAUGUGAUACAGGAUAUUUUUCAAGAGAAACUAAAGAAUUUUCUCCUGCAUUAGGAGAAGAUAGUAUUGGGUUUGGUAACUUUGAUUGUACUUCUGUAAAUAGACUGGCUGAAAAAAAUAUUAGUGUAUUAGAAGAGGAAAGAGAUGAAAUAGAUUACGAAAACUCAACAGAAUGUACAAGUUCAUCAACAACCCCUGAUUCAAUUAACGAAUCAACGUUUAUUGCAUAA